AUGUCCUUAUCAUCCGAUCUAUCGUCCUCGUCUUUCAACGAUUAUAACGGCCGGCUGCAGGGCUCGGCUCUCAAGGCGACACACGCGGCUGUUUCACUGCCUGCUGACAUCCCCUUCCACCGUUCCAUUCACCCGGAAUUUGCGAAACGACUAGACCAAUGUUCUGCUCGGGUGCUAUCUCUCACGAACAAGCUCCUGACCUUGUCUACCACUGCAAAUGCAGCUAACACCUCCCGCGGGAAGGGCAAGGCGCGAUUAGAAACACAGGACGAUGUUGUAGACAACUUCCACUCAAUGGUCGUGGAUGCUAUGGACCAGUUGCUUGAAAACGCGGAUAUUGGCAUAGAUCAAUUCCUUGGUAAUCUCAAAGUCCCCGCGAUUGCGGUGAAUCCGACUCCCGCAACCGCUCAGAAAGUAUGGGUUCAGGGACGUCUCGAUCCGGCGUUACAACACGCGUCGUACCUUGCAAAGCCGCAGCUCUCCUUCAAGAGGAAAGUCAACAACAACCGUCACACGGCGUGGACUCCUACCUUGAAGCAUAAGUAUAAUGCUCAAGUCCCCCUCGGAUACAACCUUGGAGAGGAAGGAGAAGAGCCUUCAACAUCGCUACAUCCCUACCGCUACGAAAUCAGGCAUAUAGCCUACCCUUCGCGCAUGUUCACGUCAGCGCCACCUAUCUCGCCACGCUCUUUCGAGGAGACUCCAUUCUCUUGGGUAUCAACUCCAGAAGAUUUCGCGACGAUGCUUGACAAGCUCCGUCCCGCGAGUGAGAUCGCGAUCGACUUGGAGUACCAUAACUAUCGCACAUUCAGUGGCUUCGUGUGUCUGAUGCAAAUCAGCACCCGCGAUGAGGACUUUGUGGUCGAUACGCUCGCUCUGAGGGAAGAGCUGGAGGAACUGAACGAAGUGUUCACGGAUCCCAAUAUUGUCAAGGUGCUACAUGGCGCCGAAAGCGAUAUCGUAUGGCUUCAGCAAGAUUUCAACCUCUACAUCGUCAACCUCUUCGAUACGUACCACGCAUCCAAAGUACUAGACUUUCCCAGGCACGGCCUCGCGAGCUUGCUGGAGAUGUACUGCGACUUCACUGCGGACAAGCGAUAUCAACUUGCGGACUGGCGCAUACGGCCAUUACCGAAGGAAAUGCUCCAGUAUGCCCGCUCGGAUACUCAUUUCCUCCUGUUCAUCUAUGAUAACCUCCGCAAUGCUCUCCUCGACCGCGCUCAGUCUCGUGCCCAGUCCCGCGCACAGAGCCCAUCAUCUCCUACGUCAACCCCACCACCGGAUCCCUCGAUCCCUCCUGCACACGUACUUGUCCGAGAGGUACUGUCACGUUCGGAAGAGACCGCGUUGCGGGUCUACGAGAAGGAGAUCUACGAUGCUGAGUUUGGUUUGGGCCCAGGCGGGUGGGAUACGAUGGCGCGCAAGUGGAACAAGACAUUGCUUAUCGGGAGCAUGGCGGAAACAAACACGGGUGCUGCUGUGAACGUUCAGCGCGCUGUCUACCGUGCAGUGCAUGCAUGGCGGGAUAAGAUCGCUCGCGAAGAGGACGAGAGCACACGAUAUGUUCUGCCGAACCAUUACAUCUUCUCGCUCGCGGAGCGGACACCUGCUGACAUGGCGGCGCUACUCUCUGUGUUCCAUCCUGUGCCAUCGGUUAUCCGACGGCGAGCCAAGGAAUUGCUGGACGCGAUCCGGGACGCUGUCAAAGGGGCGCUGGGCUCCGGUAGCACAACGGAACGCGGCGCAGAAGUGACUGCGAGUGUAGAGGGUGAGGAAAUUAUGUCAGUCGACGACCCUUUGACGACGGUUGUUACGGCUACGAGCAUGGCGUCGACCGUAUCUCCGGCUUCCCUGUGGGUGAAUGGUGAGCUAAUUGAGAACACGUAUAGGUCGACCCUAUGCUCACGUCUUGAUGAAGCGUCCUCCAUAACAGCUUCGUCAUCUACGCUAUUCGGACCUUCGCUGCUACGGAAUGCCGCGACGACACUACCCAUCACGUCGCGUAGCUCACUUCUAGGCGGAAAGUCUGAUGCUGUCUCUCUAUCCCAACGGAUCGCACCUCACAAGACGCGCUUCCUCGAGGCCGCCAGUCGUAUACACAGCGCACUCGUCAUCGCGCCCACAGUGCCCAAGAUCGUAUCUGUCAAUUCGGAGACGAGUGUGACGCCCAUUGUGUCCACCCCAGACGAUCCAGACGUGCUCAAGAAUGACGGGGUGGAAGAACUUCCGUUCGUCCCUGCAUCUCAGCGGAAACGGGACGCGGAACCUGUCGACGACACGAUAGUGGUUGUUGGCCAGCCUAAGCGGAAGAAGAGGAAGGGCGUCACAGAAAAAGCUACGAACGCGUCCGACUCCGGGGCUACACAAGACACCAGUCCCAUGGAGGAGGUUGAAGCGUUCGACUACGCAUCUGCACCGAACAUUUUGGACGAUGGCUCGGACUACGAGCGCGCGAAUGCCUCUGGCGCGAAAAAGAAGCAAAAGCGCGCCAAGGGGUCGAACGCGGCUUAUUACGGCAACUUCGGCGCGGCACCGAAGGCGCACAGCCAACCCAAGAGCGGGAACCAAUCGCGGACGUUCCGAUGA